CUGUCUCACCUACAGCCUUCAAUGUCUGUCACUGAGCUCUGACUGAGGUCUUGGUAAUUUGAGGUGUUGCAGCAACAAAUCGUUUCAAUGAUACUGAACUUUUACAUCUGGGAUGUAAGAGACAAGACUGUAUUUUCCAUACUGCUUUGAGUCCAGACUAUUAAGGGUUAACACACCUGGGCACUGCUCCCAGCCGCUGUAUGUGCAGUUUAUUUGUGUGCACAGGAUCCUCAGACAGUGUGUGCUGUAUCAGACAGCCCCUCCCUGAGAAUCACACACUGCUAAUCAUCUCCUGUUGCUGUGUUUAUUGAGUCGUUGCCCAAGGGAGUACAGGGAGAAAGUAGAGUGGGGUUCCUGCUCACGCACAGAGCUCCAGCAACAACCAUCGCUUUCCUGCCGAAAAUCUUACUGAUACAGACUGGGGCUUCGUCCUCUGGAAGAUUGAAAAUUAAAGCAACAUUUACAUCAGAAACAUCUUUAUUUUGCUCAUCGGAUCCUCGCAGGAUCGCAGCCUCCAGGCAACUGGGCUGCCGAACUUUUUGUCGUUAUGUAUCUUUCCUGAGUUUUCUAAAUUUAACGCCGAACAUAUUUGACUUGUUGAUGAAGCAAGCGUUACAAGAGACUAGGCCGAACCCAGCUCGCCAGAUGUCUGAGACCCUCCCCGACCCAAGCAAAUCCCUGGACAAAGAGGUAUGCCACCAUGGUGAUUGUCAGGACAUUAACAAUCAGUCCCCACUGAACCUCUGUGCAUCAUGUGACAGCCAACUCCACGAGGCAAUGCAUUUUGACCGGCAUAUCAGAUUUGACCUCCCACCUCAAGGAUCUGUUUUGGCCCGGAAUGUCUCAACACGAUCGUGCCCGCCCCAGACCAGAACUUCGUCGGACAAGGAGGAAGAUGAUGACAGUGGGAUGGAUGGAAAGAGUGAGAAGAGAAAUUCUGCACUCAAGCUAAGCAAGAAGAAAGCUCGCCGUCGACACACUGAUGACCCCAGUAAGGAAUGUUUCACUCUGAAGUUUGAUUUGAAUGUCAACAUUGAGACAGAAGUUGUCCCUGCAAUGAAGAAAAGGACUCUCGGGGACACACUGGUGCCAGUAUUUGAGAGGAAAGGAAUUGAGUUGAACCAAGUGGAGAUUUUCUUGGACCAUUCCUACACACCCCUGGCCUUGUACUUUGAGGCAUACCGUUUUGGGGGACACUUCCUGAAAGUAAAAGCGAAAGCCGGAAAGGAGCUGAAGGUGGAACAGGCUGUCAAGGAGUUCAAGUCAUUGAGCUUACCCAUCAUACGGGCUUCGAUGGUCAGUCCCCCGUAUAUCUGCGCCCCUGUGGUGGACAGGAUGGAGCAACCUCUGCCGGGACGGGAAAACAUGGACAUGGUGGCAUUGGGAAGACGGAGGAAGAAUAUGAUGGAAUUCCUCGGAGAUGCCACCAUCCCAGGUUCAGAUUCCCUUGCCCCACUCAGCUCUUCGUUGCCCAGCAGUGGCACAGAGAGCUGGAAGAACAGAGCUGCCAGUCGCUUCAGUGGGCUCUUCAGCUCUGGCGCCAACGCCUUUGGACGGGAAAUGGAUAAAAUGGACCAACUACAGAGUAAGCUUCACGCGUACAGUUUGUUUGGGUUACCGAAGAUGCCGGCUCAGCUAAGAUUUGACCAGGACUCCUGGGAGGAGGAGGAGGAGGACACCAGCCUAUACCUUGAGGGCUCCUGGCAGGAGAUCAUUGAGGCUCCUGAGAAGCUCACCCGCAAGCAGUGCCAUCAACAGGAGGCCCUCUGGGAGCUGUUGAAUACAGAAGCCGCCUAUAUUAGGAAGCUACGUGUCAUCGCGGAUCUCUUCCUAUGCUGUUUGAUGAACCUGCAGGAAUCAAGCUUGUUGACUGAGGUGGAGCCGAAGAAACUUUUCUCCAACUUGCAGGAGAUUAUCCAGCUUCACCAGGUUCUGUGGCGAGACGUGAUGUCUCCGCUUUUGCAAAAGGCCAGGGAGGACAAAACUCUCUUCAAUCCCAUUCACUUCCAGAAAGGAUUCAAAAAGUUUGGCGAGCGUUUUCAACCCUAUAUUCAGUACUGCAUGGAGGAAGAGGGCUGCAUGGAGUACAUGAGAAACCACCUCCGUGAUAAUGAUCUCUUCAGGAUCUAUGUAACGUGGGCAGAGACUCAUAAGCAGUGUAACCGUCUGAAGCUCAGUGACAUGUUGGUCAAACCACAUCAGAGGCUCACCAAGUAUCCGCUGCUCCUCAAAUCUAUCCUGAAAAAAACAGAUGACACCCCUGCCAGGGAGGCAAUUGUUAGCAUGAUUAAUUCUGUGGAGAGUUUCAUCGCACACGUGAAUUCCCGGAUGCGCCAACGGCAGGAGCGGCAACGGCUGGCGGAGAUCAUCAGUCGCAUCGACACCUAUGAGGUGGUGGACGGGAGCUCAGAUGAAGUGGAGAAGGUCCUGAAGGAAUUCUGCCGCUUGGAUUUAACAGCUCCGAUGUUUGGGACUUCGCCCGAUGAAACAAGGCAAUUGCAACUCGAGGGAAGUUUGAAAAUGAAAGAAGGAAAGGACUGUAAGAUGGAUGUUUACUGUUUCCUGUUCACUGAUAUUUUUCUCAUCACCAAACCUGUGAAGAAGAUGGAGAAGACCAAAGUGAUUCGACAACCGUUGCUGGUGGAUAAAAUCAUCUGCAGGGAGCUGAGAGAUCCGGGUUCCUUCCUGCUGAUUUACCUGAAUGAGUUUCGCAGUGCAGUUGGUGCCUUCACCUUUCAAGCCAGUGUGACCAGCCAGUCUAGAGUGUGGAUUGAGGCCAUCUUUAAUGCUCAGAACCUCCUGGAGAGACUUCGCAGCCAAGAGUCGGCACUGAAAGAGUGUACACUGCCUGACGAGGAGGAUGUAGAGAGUGGAACCUCAGACACGCAGUUACCAUCCCUGUUACACGAGGAUACGGACACACUCGAAUCACAGCUCAGUCAGUCGGACAGUGUGUCUGAGACCGUUUCCAUUGCAAUCUCGGAUAUGAAUGAAGAUCUCUACUCACCAGACACUGAAGCUUCUCAGUCUGACGAUGCUUCUAUCCAAAGUAUAGUGUCUUCCAACACCACCACCCAAGAGGUGCUCGAUAGCGAUGUGACCUCGUCGGGCCUCUUGAUUCCAAACGCCAAAGGCCUGGCUCUGGAGACCAAUGGUUGCCACUCUGCCUCAGUUGAAAGUGCAUAUGGCACCCUAUCUCCAGGCUCUGCCCAAGAGUUUGGAAUGCAACAGCAGGAGUUGGCUGACGAAUGCAGAGAACCAAUGGAGUUAAGCUCACCUCAGAUUUACCAGCGGUGCCUAGUACGAUGCAAACACAACAUCCACAGAUCAAAAUCAGAGACCAACCUCCACCGGCUCAUUUCCUCGUCUACUGAAUCUCACAGUGUGAGCAGGCCGUUCCUGAGCAGAAGCCUGAUUGAAAUCAAUACCCCGACUCGGGACAUCCCAGCGAGAGGCUCGGGCAAGAGGCCACUGGGUGCGUCCCCACCACCGAGUCCGCACUGUCUCAUGAACACAAAGGUGAUGGACACCCUGAAGCGGGCAGAGGCUCAUCGCCAGAGAGCAGCUCUGUGCCCCAACUCCCAGGACAGCGGUGGGAAUGCAGUGGACAGUGAGAGGGGGAGCUCCAGUGACGACAGUGAGCUCUCGGAGGCGGGGGAACAGCAGGGCCUGGUGAUGCAAAAUGUCCGCCUUGCAGACAGAGUGAGCUUUGACUCGGAACCGCAGCCCUGCACCUUGUCGCGCUCCAACAGUGAGCCAGAACUCAGCACCCCUUGUAUCACCGUCGACCUCACAGCACUCAGCGAACACGAAGGAGAUGUUAUGGAGCAUCAGGGUCGGAGCAAUUCCUCGCAACAUAUAAAACGGACAAUGUCAGGCCCUCGGACUGUGCAGCACCGCAAACUCACCUUGGCUCAACUCCACAGGAUCCGCACCGCUAUGCUCCUCAACUCCACCCUGACUGCAUCGUACGUCACUGCUCCAUGAAGGGGAGAGGGGUAGUGGGGAGGUGACUAGUCGGAGGUGUCUUAUCUAUUCUUCCCGUGUCAACGUCUGCCCCACCUAGUUUUCCUACAUCCAGCACCCGGCUGCCUGGCCUGUCACCCUUCCAUCUCACACAGCCAACUUGGGGUUCUUUCAUUCCAUGUUCACUCCAACUCCACUCCUCAAACCCUGGUGACUGUCCAUGAUCCUCCCGAUUCUGUUGUCCCCCUUCUCCUCAUCCCUUCUCCUUGGUGUUUCAUGUUUCUCCCAUCCUCAAACAUGGUGUCUCCUCUCUCCAACUCACCUCCCACCCCAUCAGUCUCAGCCCAGUUUCCGACUGCCCUCACCUUCCAGUUCUCUCCUCCCCCUCCUCCUCCUCCUCCUCCUCCUCACAGAUCACCCCUUCCUUUCUCCUGCUCUCUGGUGUCACCACCAGGUAUCACUCCCCCAAACAAGGUCUUUCCAUUCACCAUCUGAGUUUCCAACCUAAGCAUCGACCUUCCAGCCAACUGUCUCCUGGAAUCCCACCUGCACUUUUCCCCUUCCCCUGCCUCCAGGUAUCUCCAGAAUGCAAUGGCCCCUCCACCACCUCUCCAAAUCAAUGAUGUCCCUCAACCAAUAUCAGAGGCUUCUCCACGCUCCAUGUCUCUUGGUUUCUUCCCUUACCACUGGUACUCCUCUCAUUUUUUCCCCUCAGUCUCUUAUCAACACCUACCCAACGCUACCAGAACCUAAUCCUUCUCCAAUCUAGAUAUCUCUCCAGCCUUCAACACUGAUGUCCCCUCCCUUCCUGGUGUCCGCUCUCCUCCCAUUAUCACCCCAUCAUCACUCCAAUCUCUUUCCCCCUUCUUGGUCUCUCUCCCAUUCCCAGUGUUCAACGUCAAUGCCCCUUCAACGUCUUAUCUCAACUUUCCCACUGGCUUCCCAGUGCCUCCUCUCCCGACUGAGCACGGCUCUUCCUGCUCCAUUGCCUCCACCCACAAUCCCACCCUCACCAUUUAAUCUAAUCAUCCAUCUCGGGAAUCUCCUUCAGACAGAAUAUCCAGACAGAAGAAUGAUCUCAUUAGUGCCACCUCACUGUUCCUUGCCCACCGCCCUCCUUGUUUUUUGGUAAGGUAAAUAAUGGAGAGACGUUCUCAACUAACCCUCUUCUGUUCUUCAUUAACAGGGAAGUCUAGCCUUUGUCAUUACUGGACAUGAUCUGCAGGACCUGGAGUUCCGUCGGGUGAAUUGUGAUGGAACUAGGACACUGACCUUCUGAGGCACCCAUCACUCCCCAGGGCAUCUCUCGACAUGCUU